AAAGAAUUUGGGAAGAGGGAUUAUUUUUUCCGCCAGGAGUGGUUCUGAAGUGCAGAGACCAAAGCAACUAUUUCCUAUCUCUUUUCAUUUGCGCCCCAACUGAAUUCAUCAAUGGCCGACGACGCUCUGAACCCAGAAACCCCACCACUAAAUGCUGAUCAAGCUUCUUUUGAAGCAACCGUUGGAUCGACCGUUCAGGGAGGCACAGAGUCUUCGUGCAACCACUCGAACGUUGAAACUUCUGGUCUUGCGUCUGACGGUGACCGCGAAAAGUCGCUGGGGUAUGCGGAAGAGUUGAUGGAGAGGGGAUCGAAGGCUGCAGAGGCGAACGAUUACGCCGAAGCCACUGAAUGCUACAGCCGUGCCCUGGAAAUCAGGGUUGCUCAUUAUGGUGAACUUGCACCUGAAUGUGUAAAUAUGUAUUAUAAGUACGGAUGUGCUCUGCUGUACAAAGCUCAAGAAGAGGGUGAUCCGUUGGCCACUGUGCCGAAGAAAGAGGGUGAAUCUCAACAACUCUCGGCUAAAAGUGGACCUGUUUCUAAUAAUGGUGAACUGGAGGAAACUUCAAAUCCUGAAUGUGUACCUGCUAAUGCUUGCAGUGGGAAAGAUCAAGAAGACGAUGAGGAGGAAAGUGAGGCUGAGUCAGCUGAAGGAGAUGAGGACGAGUCUGACCUUGAUUUGGCAUGGAAAAUGCUGGAUGUUGCUAGGGCAAUUGUUGAAAAACACUUGGGUGAUACAAUGGAGAAAGUGGACAUAUUGUCAGCCUUGGCAGAAGUCGCUCUGGAAAGAGAGGAUAUUGAAACUUCCCUCAGUGAUUAUCUGAGAGCACUAGACAUUUUGGAACGUCUGGUCGAACCAGACAGUCGACGAAUAGCUGAACUAAAUUUUAGGAUUUGUCUGUGUUUGGAGAUUGGGUCGAAAGCUCAAGAAGCCAUACCGUAUUGCCAAAAGGCUAUAUCAAUUUGUAAGACUAGGGUGCAGCGGCUCUCGAGUGAUUUGAAAUGUUCAUCCAAACCAACCAUGCCUGACUGUACGGUCCAACUUUCAUCAAGUGGAUUUCAGUCUAAUGAUUCUGUGACAGAUAAAGAGGCCGAGAUUGAAACACUCAAUGACCUGUCUGGUGAGCUGGAAAAGAAGCUUGAAGAUCUCCAGCAACUUGUCUCGAACCCAACAUCAAUCCUCUCAGAUAUCUUGGAGAUGAUAUCUGCCAAGGCAAGAGGCACUGAGAAUCCUCCUCCAGCUAUGAGCUCUUCACAGCUUGGGGUUUCCAGCAGCAGUGGAAAUCUCGACUCCCCCGCCGUUUCCACUCAAACAAAUGGAGCUGCUGGUGUUACAAAUCUUGGGGUGGUGGGAAGAGGAGUCAAGCGAGUGGUAAUGAACUCAAUAACAGUAGAAUCAAGCCCGUUGAAAAAACCAGGAUUAGAUCUCACAGCAGAUAAAGGUGAUGGCAAAGCCUCUUAAAGGUAUUCCUCCCAGCAGUUCGUACACUUUUUGGGCAAACACUUCCAAGUUUUUGGGUCAUGUUUCUUGCUGCGCAAAUCAGGUUAGAGUCUGAAUUUCGUACGGAUGGUAAUAGUUCGUUUCUGGUCCACAUUAACUGGAGUCUUGGAGCCUGAAAUAGUGUACCAGAGGCAGAUAGUAUGCUUAACAACCGGUUUUUCUGCUGUCAAUGCAUAUGCCUUGUAGCUAUGCUACUUUUAGUUUUUUUUUUUUUUUGAUCCGCAUGCUACUUUUAGUUUAAACUGUUGAUUUGCUGCUAUGAUGCUUUGCCUGUAAUAUUGUUCAUUUCAAAUAUCAUUCCGACGAUAUUAUGCUUGAACAUUACCUGCUAUUUAUGCUACCUUUCUUA